UCGUUCUGGAAUACGUCACGUCCGUUUUGCAGUGCCGAAAAGAACCAACAACAAAACCGACUCCCAAAGGGCGUUGAAAACGAGAGAUGGCAGAGCUUUCGCUUUAUCUUACGAACGUCAAUGUGUCUUUGGGACAAAAUAUGGACGUAGAAAAGAGCCAGAAUGCUAGCAAAGACUUUGAGAACGUGGAGUUGGGUGAGUUGGGCAAGAAGCAGAAAAAGCCUCGUAAGAUCAUUCACUUUGCCAGCGGAGAGACCAUGGAGGAGUACAGUACAGAUGAAGAGGAGGAGGAGCCCGAGAAAAGGGAUCUGAUGUCAGCUCCUGACCCGUCAAAAUUGACCUGGGGGCCCUACUUUUGGUUCCACAUGUGGAGGGUUGCCGCUUCCACUGUCUCUGUUUGUGACUAUUUUGGAGAACGGAUGGCCUCAUUGUUUGGCAUCACCUCACCAAAGUACCAGUAUGCUAUCGAUGAGUAUUACAGGAUAAAGAAAGAGGAGGAAGAGGAAGAGGAGGACAACCGCUUGUCUGAGGAGGCAGAGCGCCACUUUGCGGAGCAGCAGAACCAGGAGGGCCAGGAGGCGAUGACGGAACAGCCCGAGGGCACCGCCUCUUUUGUGAACAUCACUUUCGAGCUGGAGAAAGAGACCCAUGCCAUGGCAGAGACUCACACCAUGUCUGACACUACCAGAGUCUCUGCCCCCAUCCCCACCUAACACACAGUUAGCCUCAAUCUCACGCUCCCAUUUUUGCGUUUUAUUAUCCAGUAACAUUAUUUUCUGUGACUGCAUUAGAUUUGUCUCUUCCUAAGUGUUUGUUUUGCAACAACAAACUUACCGGGUGAAAUGUGUGUAGCAAACGGUGAUCUACAGUGUGAUGACUUGUUUACGAAUAUAAUGCACUCUCGUUUGAAUGUGUAUCUGUAUGAGCUCACCUUGAGGUUUUAUAUGUUGCUGUGUACUUUAAACUCCUGUGUCAAACAUUUGUCAAAUUCCAGUUGCCUUCACACUGUGAGUUUGAGGUUGUUACAUAGGGUCUGUCCUGAUGAAGGAUGUCUUAAGUAUAUGUAUAUGCAGUUUUACAAAGGAAGUACCGAGCCAAAGGAUUUUUCUUUUAUGCAUGAGUGAAACAAUAUCCUCAAAAUAUUUAAAUAAUGUGAAUGUUUGUCAUUGAUUAAAUGAGUCUGGCAUUCAAGGAUGGGUUCAUAAUGAAAUGUAAUUACAUUGGAAUGCCAUCCUAAAACUAUAAGCAGCGUACAUGCAUUUUUGGAAAGAAAGGUACACUGUAUAUCCCAUAUGAUUGUAACCAUUAUGUUAAAACCUUUAAGUUGUCAGCAUCCUGCUGUAUGUUUGGCACUUGGUCUUCUCUUACCCAGUUAAAAAAAUUGAAAUUCUAGUAAAAAAAACAACUAAGAACUUGCUCCAUUUGAAAAAGGUUGCACUAUGCUUUAAGCAGCAGAUGCCUAGCUUUCUGAGAGAAGCAUCUCAUUUUCUUUCCCUGAUACAUUAAGUGGAAAUAAUUUCAAGUAGCCAUGUAAAGUGGUGGUACAGCCACAUAAUUGGUCAGAGCAUGGUUGCCAGUGUUACUUUACAUUGAAUACACACCGUUUUCUUGUCUUCACAAGGUUCAAAUAAUCUUGUUCAAUAUGAAUGCUUUCCUUCUACAACGCCGGUGUGUAUUCCUGUAAUAAAACCUAUGUUCUGUAAAGUUCACUGGUGAGAAACAUCCUUAGGACCCGUGUGUGCACUUACUGUAAUUAAUCAUGGUAUUUUCAGUCUAUUUACAACAUAAAUGUAACAAGCCCGCAUUGUUUAAAAAAAAAAACUUUUAUUUAUGCAAAUCUUUCAACUGAAGGCUUUUUUUAUAUAUAUAUAAUUAUUUGGGAAAUUGAUCAUUUUGUACAUAAUAUAGCUUAAUAAACUUUUAAUAACUAA